AAAAUAUCACUGAAAACAAAACAAAUGCUCAUGUAUUGAUGAAUUGUGUGCCUAAAUUACUGGUGGAACAGAAUGCAAAUUCGCUUGUAGCAAAGAAAAUCGCCGUGGUACGAGAUGUCGCUCAAAAUGUAGAAAAGAUGAACAGAAUAUGUGGCGCACUGAAAUUUCAAGCGCGUUGAAAAAAAAGACUUGUCGCACUCGGGGAUUGCCGCGAACGUACUUACAAAGAAUGAAUCCUUCUGAACUUAAAAUGAUGUGGAUGAGUCAGUAUAACCCAGAUCGGCUGUCACUUGAAGGUGGUACAUCUUAUUUCAGUCAUUCUUCUGUUGGAGUUUCUGUAAUGGAUGAUAUUUCUCAACAAGAAAAUGCAAUGGACAUAAAUCCAAUGAUGAGCGUUGUUGGCGGAGAGUAUAGUGGUCAAGGAGCAACACCUCAUGAAGUGACAACCGCUUCACUUCGCGUACAGCAAACGGCUUCAAUCGCCGCCAUAAACGCUAACGACUUAUAUGGAAUAUCACAAGUAGGUAGCAAUCAUCAAAUUUUACAGACAACCGCGUUUCAAGGAUAUCCAGAAAUUAUUGAUCACGACGAAAGUAUUGAGCACGGUGGUACACAAUAUGUCACUCAGGUUUUCGAUGCAAUAGGUGAAAGUAGGGAGGACGAUGAAAUUGCUGGUCUUGCUAGCAAACAAGAAAUUAUUAAUAUAAAUGACUUUGCCAUGAUGACUGACAGCAACUCAUAUGAUGGUACUGAACACAUUAUUGGAGUAAUCAAAACUGAGGCGACAAAAAAAGGAGCAAUAACUCUUAAUAAGUCAAGAAAUCAAAGAAAAUCGCGAAAAAUUGAAAUUGUCAGUCGACCCGGAUUGGUGUUAAAAACACCAAUUGCGUAUAAAGGAAAUAUAGACCCAUCCGUUAUACCAAUUCAAAAGGAUGGCAUGGCUGUUUGUGAACGUUGUGGUGCUAUAGGAGUAAAACACACUUUUUACACUAAAUCUAGAAGAUUCUGCAGUAUGUCAUGUGCAAGAGGAGAACUGUUUUCUCUAGUUUGUAAAAAAAUGAUUUGCUCAACGAGUUCAGUAACUAUACCAUCAACCACACUCGCUUCGGCGACAGCAGCUUCAAUAUCUGAAGAAAAUCUUAUGAAUUCUAUAAAUAAUCAACGAUCGAAUAUUGAAGUAGCUCUACGAUUAUCGCAUUUAAAAAGCCCAAGUUCAAACUAUCGCUUCAAAAUUACAAAUCAAUCCUUAACAAAUAUAAAUGAUAACGACCUCAUGGAUGUUUCAGAUGAAGUCGUAGAGCAAAUUGAUAGUGAUGAAUAUCGUAAUCGAAAAAACUUCAUGUACAGCGAUGCAAUAACACACAAUGAUAUACCCCAAAUAUCAAAAUAUGAACGUCUUCCCUCGCCGUGUCCGCAAAGCGAAAAAAUUUGCAGCGUCCGUCGGAAACAAGGCGAUCUUUUGCUUUCAUACGAAUGGACGCAACGAUUAUCUAAGCAAGGAUUUUAUGCAGCACCAGUAAAAUGUUUCCCGCAUGCUCCGGGUUAUGAUGUAUGGGAUAGUAUUGGCAUUAAUAUGAAGGUAGAGGUCGAGAAUACAGACUGCUAUAGCCAAGAACUAGUACAGCCAGGACAAACACCUCACUCCUUUUGGGUGGCUACUAUUUUGAAUAUUUCUGGAUACAAAGCGUUAAUGCGAUAUGAAGGAUUUGACGAACCCUCGCAUGAUUUUUGGGUUAACUUGUGUUCUUCAGAAGUACAUUCGGUUGGAUGGUGCGCCACUCGUGGCAAGCCUUUGAUACCCCCUCGAACCAUUGAAAGCAAAUACAGUGACUGGAAAGAUUUUUUAGUCGAGAGACUCUCUGGAGCAAGAACGCUUCCGUCAAGUUUUUAUAAUAAAAUAAGCGAAAGUAUGAACUCUAGGUUCCGUCUUGGCCUGAAUUUAGAAUGCGUUGAUAAGGACAAAAUUUCACAGGUUAAAUUAACUACUGUUAAUAAGAUUGUAGGCAAACGCCUGUUUGUCAAAUAUUUUGAUUCCGACGAUGGUUUUUGGUGUCACGAAGAUUCGCCUAUUAUACAUCCAGUUGGUUGGGCAACUACAGUAGGACAUAAUUUAGCUGCGCCUCAAGAUUAUUUAGAGCGAAUGUUGGCUGGGAGAAAACAAAUGAUUGAAGUGCAUGAUGACGACGCAACCAUAGAGUUAUUUAAAAUGAAUUUCACAUUUGAGGAAUAUUAUAUCGAUGGGAAAAAGAAUGGUUUCAUAGAAGGAAUGAAAUUGGAAGCUGUUGACCCUUUAAAUUUAUCGGCUAUAUGUGCUGCAACUGUAAUGGCGGUUCUCAAAUUCGGUUAUAUGAUGAUAAGGAUUGAUUCAUAUCAACCAGAUGCAACAGGAUCUGAUUGGUUCUGUUAUCACGAAAAAUCUCCGAGUAUUUUUCCAGUAGGUUUUUGCGAGGCUCAUGCUAUAGGCCUCACGCCUCCAAAUGGUUGUGAUCCCAUUACAUUUAGUUGGAUAACCUAUCUGAAAGAAACAGAAAGUGUAGCUGCGGCAGAGCAUUUAUUUCAUCGCAUUGUCCCAAAUCAUGGAUUCGAACUUGGCAUGAGUUUGGAGUGCGCUGAUUUAAUGGACCCACGCUUGGUAUGUGUUGCCACAGUUGCCAGAGUAGUCGGACGUUUACUUAAAAUACAUUUUGAUGGUUGGACAGAUGAAUAUGAUCAAUGGCUUGAUUGUGAGUCACCUGAUGUCUACCCAGUUGGAUGGUGUGUUUUGGUCAAUCACAAGUUGGAAGGUCCACCUAUGCAUUCUAAAAUAUCUUUGAAAAUGACUGGAAAGCCAAAACACAGGAAAAAACGAAAAAAAAUUGUUAAGACUGACAAUUCUUUUGGUGGUAGAAAUUUGGGUCGACCAAUAAAUAUUAAAAGAGAAGCACAGGAUAAUCAGUGCAGUGAAAGAAAUUUUUCUACAGAGCGCUUGGGUAUAAAACUUGAAAUGAAAUCAGAACCAUUGUAUUAUGAUGAUGAAGUUGAUGAAGAGGAACUAGAAGAGAAUGAAUUUAGGCAUUCCAAUCAUUCAACACCUGUAGCUAAAUCACGUGAGCUUGGUGAAAAAAGCGAUAUUCCUACAAGUGAGAGUGUGAUUGCCUUGAAUAUUAUCCAGUAUUCUAAAUCACCUGCUCCACCAAUCGAGCGGAAAGCUACAAGUUACAUUGGGAAUUCUACUGUUUCAAAUAGCAAAUACAUUCCCCGUCUAAUUGAUCUAGUGCAGGAUCCGAUGUGCAGCCAGACAAGUGGGGACCUUAUGCCAGAGACAUGGAAUGUUUACGAUGUUUCUCAAUUCCUCCGAGUGAACGAUUGUAUUGCGCACUGCGAUGUAUUUAGUCGAAAUAAAAUCGAUGGUAGACUUCUUUUGCAUUUAUCGAAGGACGAAAUCAUAACAUUGCUCGGAAUGAAAGUGGGACCUGCUUUAAAAAUUUUUGAUUUAAUACAGCAGCUCAAAUGUAAGCUGAAUCCCGGCAAAUCUAGACUACUUAGGGCAAAUAAAUUAUUUUUAUAGUGCCUUUUA